AAGUAUAGAAAAGGGAUGUACAAAGAUUUUUCGUUUUUUUUUUAUUCUGGGAUCAUAAGGAUUUGAAGGAUAUAUAUUAGGAUCCAAUAGAUGGCAGUAAUGCAACAACUAUGGAUGCAAGCUGUCGUUAAAUCCUAAAGAAGAAGAAAAAGAAGAAGAAGAAGAAGACGAAGACUUUACUGUGUUUGGAUUUUACUGGUAUGCCGGACAACGUCUCGCGUUCAACUCCUCUAGGACGCGAUCCACAACUUUCAGCCAGUCCGCAGACUGACGAGAAGAAACUGCUGAUUGCUAUCAGUGGACUGUCUCUUCAGCUUACUCAACAUACUGCCGACAUGAAUGAGAGGUUCACUCAACUGCAGAAUUCGGUAAACUCCAGGUUGCUGUCCAUAGAGGACAAGAUGGCGGCUCUGCAGUCGAAGAACUGUGCUGGAGAGACUAACUCCAUCAAGAGAAGACGGAUGCACAAAAGCUUGCGUACGCCGUCUUCACAACUCGGAGACAAAUUGCAGGCGCUAUGAACCGGCGCAAGGCCGCCUGUAAGACGUAUUACGAGACGGUACGCAGGAGCUUCAGAUAUACGCAGCCAGAGAACUCAAUGCGGGCGGAAGCUGCCAAGAAUUCAGCUCGGAGUCGAGCGAGAAGAAAGAGGCUGCAGGAAUCGAGGCAGAGCGUGCUAGCUGAUGAGGAAGUGGAACUCUGGAUGUCCGCCACCGUCGACCUCAUGUCUGACGAGGAAGAUGGCGUCGUUGGCGGGGUCUCUGGAUGGAUUGUACCGCCGUCAUUUCGUAGGCCGGAUCUCUCUGAACUCUGUGUGAAGCUGCAGUCCCGGUUAGAGGCGACGCCGAAGUACAAAGCCAUGCACAGCAGGCGUCUGCACAUCGGACCUGCCUCGGAAAGAACGCUGCCAGCAGUUGCCUACAACCCCGAGGAGGCGCACGGACAGUUCACGGAGUUGUAGUUUUUUGGAUACGCA